CUUGAGUGAAGUUCGAAGGCACAUGGGCCGGAAGAUGGCGACUAGAGCAGACGUUCGAAUGGCAGGGGAGCGAUCGUUUCCACCUUGCCGAGCAUCCGGCGUAACACUAAACCCGCAUCGUCGGAAAAUAAUCAAUACGACGAGAAUCGGUGUCAUAUCGUUUGCGCUGUCAUUCGCGAAGCACCAAGAAAAAAUGGGUUCAGUCGGACGCCGAGCGACGCCGGUACCGUGAUGAACAGGUACGCUAUCCUGCACCAGCUGGGCGACGGCACCUACGGUUCUGUCGUCCUCGGCCAGCGGAAAGACACCGGCGAGAAGGUGGCCAUCAAGAAAAUGAAACGCAAGUAUUACUCGUGGGACGAGGCGAUGAACUUGCGGGAGGUCAAGUCGCUGAAGAAGCUCCACCACACGAACGUCGUCAAGCUGAAGGAGGUGAUCCGCGAGGACGACGUCCUCUAUUUCGUCUUCGAGUACAUGCAGGAGAACCUGUACCAGCUGAUCAAGGACAGGAGGGUGCCGUAUCCGGAGGCCACUGUUCGCAACAUGCUCUACCAGAUCCUGCAGGGGCUGGCGUUCAUCCACAGACACGGGUUCUUCCACCGCGACCUCAAGCCCGAGAACAUCCUGUGUUCGGGACCGGACCUGGUGAAAAUCGCCGACUUCGGACUCGUGCGGGAAAUAAGGUCGCGGCCCCCCUACACCGACUACGUGUCCACCAGGUGGUACCGGGCCCCCGAGGUGUUGCUCCACGCCACCGUCUACAGCAGCCCGAUAGACGUGUGGGCGGUAGGCUGCAUCGCCGCCGAAAUCUACACGUACCGCCCCCUGUUCCCCGGCACCACCGAAACCGACCAGCUGUAUAAAGUAUGCGCCGUCUUGGGCACCCCCGACAAGAAAACGUGGCCCGAGGGCUAUCGACUGGCGGGGGCGGUCGGUUUCAAGUUCCCCUACUUCGCCAAGACGUCAUUGGGGGACGUGGUGCCGCACGCGGGCGCCUCCGCCCUCGGCCUGAUGGCCGACUUCCUCGAAUGGAACCCCGCCCACCGACCGACCGCUCAGUCCGCGCUCCGGCAUCAGUAUUUCCAGGUGGGCCAGCAGUACGGUACGGCGACGCGCCAAGCCGCGCCGCCCCCGACCGUCGAGGGUCGGGACGCCGCCCCGUACCGUCCGGUGCAGCCCGCGGUGCAGAUAAAUAUCCAGUCGCUGAUUAAACCUCGCGACGAGCCGGCCCCGCCCCUCGUCUACUCGUUCGGCCAAUCGAACUACCUGCCGUCGGCGAUGGGGGGCGGGGCCCGCGCGCGCGCCGGGAAAAAAAUCAGCUGGGGCCUCGGCGACUACGCGGAGGACGAUUUCGCGGACAUUUUAGGCAAGUUGCAGGCGCCGAGCAAGGAGAAGCUGAACUUGAGCCAGUACAACCUGGAGGACAUCCUGGAGCCGUUGGCGAAGGCGAGCGCGGGUACCGCGAGGAGCCAGUACCUCAGCGUGUCGAGGUACGUGGCGGGCAGGCCGUCGGGGCCCGGCCUCUUGGGGGCGGAGUUCGCGGGCGCGGCCAGAGGCAGCGCGAUGUACGGCAGGAGGGCCGGCAACGGCCCGCCCCUCUGGCCCGGGGAGUUGGGGACGCGCGCAGCGAAGCGCUUCCCGGAGCCGGGCACGUCCCGGAUCGACGCCCAGUGACGACGCUACAAUUUACAAGCGCCCCUGUGAUAUAGUUAUUUUUGUACCCGUCCAAUCACCGUUCAUCGCAAAUAAAUGUUAUCGAU